UGAAUACUGACAAAACAAAAUGCAAGUUUUUCUUUUCGUCAUGGCUUUCUUUAAUACCGUCCUUGCAGCAGAAGAACAUGCAUACCAGCAGUUCAUUGGAUGUGCAUUCAACAGUGAAGGGCAAGUAAGCCGUUUCUGGCGCUAUGGGUAUGAUGGCAGAGAUAUCAUGCAUGUGGAUUUGGUGAAAGAAGCUGUGGUUGCUACGAGUAAAUCUGGUCAGCUUUUAGCAGAAGAGAGAAAGAGCAAAGAAUACAUUAAGAGAAAAGAGGCACGACUAGUAAAGGUGUGUUCUGCAGUGAAAACUGUCUUCCUAAAGUCCAACAACUCUCUCUCCAGGGCAGCAAAACCUGCAUUAUAUGUGUCGUCUGGAGGAGAAAAGGAUCAGGAAUAUAUUAAAUGUGUUAUGCGUGGCUUUUAUCCAAACAUCAUUAAAGUACGCUGGACCCAAAAAGCAAGGCCAAUCUAUUUUGGUGUAUCAACUACUGGAAUACUCCCUCACAAGGAUGGCACUUUCCAGAUGACCUCCUAUCUUAGCCUUAGUAACGUGAGCGGCCACGAUGUUACCUGUGAGAUUGAACACUUAAGCAUUGAUGGGAAAAUGAGGAUAACCUAUGGAGAGAAAUCUUUGUUUCUGUCACAAAUCACAGAACAUGUACUUACUGCAAUGAUUGCCUUUCUUCUUGGAUUUGUAUUACCAGCAUGCCUAAAUGUACUAUUUAUAUUCAUAUGGCAAAAGACGUCAAAACCACCCGAAGAUGAGAUAAAAGACACAAGUGAUGAAUCAGAAGCAUCCUUAUCUUUGAAUUUAACGAAUACCUCUCAGGAAACAUAAAAUAUUUAA